GUGUGUCGGGCCGGGCCGGCCUUUGAUGGAUCCCCGGAUCGCCUGGUUCCAGCCAGAGCAGCUCGGCCCCUCCAACCGCCUGUGGAUGCAGAUCUGGGAGACCACGCAAGGGGUCCGCAACCUCUACUUCCAGCAGCAGCAGCACCAGCAGCAAAGCGCCGCCGCCCCGCCCAGCACCGACCUGCCGCCCGACUUCUUGCCGCUCGAGGGCAGCCACCACCACCACCCGCACCGCCACCACCACCACCACCGCAGGCAGGCCUCGCCGCACCCGCCGCCCGCCGGAGCCUCGGCCUCUUCCGCCCCCGCCGCCGCCGCUCCUCCUCCUUCCCCGGCCGCCGCUCCUCCGGCUCCGUCUCCCGCCGCCGCCGCCAGCAGCAGCAGCAACAAGCGGAAGCGCGACAACAAGGCCAGCACCUUCGGGCUCAAUUACAGCCUCUUCCUGGGGCCCGCCGGGGAGGGCCGCGGGCCGGCGCCGGGGGACGGGCCCCUGGGCAGGCCGCAAGCCGGGCCCGAGCAGCCCGCCUACACCGGUACGCCGUGGAAGAAGAGAAAUUACAGCCAAGGAGUGGUGGGUCUUCAUGAAGAGAUUAUCGACUUCUACAAGUACAUGUCUCCCAGAUCCGAAGAAGAGAGGAUGCGGAUGGAAGUGGUGAAUAGGAUAGAAAACGUUAUAAAGGAACUCUGGCCCAAUGCGGAGGUGCAAAUAUUUGGAAGUUUUAAGACUGGCUUAUAUUUACCCACUAGUGAUAUUGAUUUAGUUGUGUUUGGAAAAUGGGAGAAUUUGCCUCUCUGGACCCUUGAAGAGGCUCUCAGAAAGCACAACGUAGCUGAUGAAAAUUCAGUAAAGGUUUUAGACAAAGCAACUGUACCUAUUAUUAAACUGACUGAUUCCUUUACCGAAGUAAAAGUCGACAUCAGCUUUAACGUGCGGAACGGUGUAAAAGCUGCUCAUCUCAUCGCCGAUUUUAUCAAGAAAUAUCCUGUAUUGCCAUAUCUAGUUUUAGUAUUGAAACAGUUUUUGCUGCAGAGGGAUCUCAAUGAAGUAUUCACCGGCGGAAUUGGUUCUUAUAGUCUUUUUUUAAUGGCCGUCAGCUUCCUCCAGCUGCAUCCUAGGGAAGAUGCCUGCACGCCCAAUGCCAACUAUGGUGUCCUUUUAAUAGAGUUUUUUGAAUUAUACGGACGUCAUUUCAACUACCUGAAAACGGGCAUCCGAAUAACGGAUGGCGGUUCGUACGUGGCCAAGGAUGACGUACAGAAGAAUAUGCUGGAUGGGUAUAGACCAUCAAUGCUCUAUAUCGAAGACCCGCUUCAACCAGGCAAUGAUGUCGGGAGGAGCUCCUACGGUGCCAUGCAAGUGAAGCAGGCCUUUGAUUAUGCCUAUGUCGUUCUGAGUCACGCAGUGUCGCCAAUAGCUAAAUAUUACCCCAACAAUGAAAGCGAAAGUAUAUUAGGAAGAAUAAUCCGAGUAACGCAAGAAGUGGCGACAUACAGAGACUGGAUAUCGAAGCAGUGGGGGUUGCAGAAUAGCUCUGAGUCUUCAUGCAACGGGAAUGGGGUGACGUUGAUAGUUGACAACCAGCAGUUGGACGAGUGCAACAACAACCUUCCCGAGGAGUGCGAGUCAUUAGGGAAACCCAGGAGUAAAACCUCCGAGACGCCGAGCAAGCAUUCGUCCAACUCUUCCUCCGGGCCGCUGUCAUCAUCCUCGUCUACGCUUUCCAGCUCCAGCGAUGUGGAGUCUGACGGGAUGCCGUGCAAAACCUCUAAGCAGCUGGGCUGCCGUCCAACAGCAGCCAGCCGAACGGUUGCUCAGGACGUGUCUCUGGGGCCCACGCAGGCAAGUGGGAAAAUGCCAAGCAGCCAAACAGCAAACAUAUCUGGCGUUACGAACAAGUCUCAGCACGGAUCCGCGCGGUUGUUCCGCGCCUCUUCCAACAAAGGUUUCCAAGGUCCAGCCAAUUCAAGCCACGGCGUCUCGGUGAUGAACAAGCCGCACCCGGGUAGCAAAUCCCACCAGUAUUACGGGAAGAAGAGGAAACACAAGAGGGACCCUGUCUUAUCGGACCUUUGUAGAUAGUUUUCCUAUUUUUGGAUGCUUGACUGUUCUUCUGUGUGCA